GGUCUGUACCUAAACAAAACAGAGUUACGUUCUUGACAGAAAGACAGAUCUUUGAGGUUGUCCCUUUCUCUGAAUCUCCUGUACAUAACAUUCAUAUAUAUCUUUUACACCUCUUAGAUCUAUCGACUUUUUUCAAUACCCGUUACAUUCCUUAGAUUAUAUAUAUAUUUGUAUUCCUCGAAAACUGUUGUUUCAAUGGCCAAAUUUGAAGAUUCAGGUCAACCUGAAGAAAACAAUGACCGUAAAUCAUCCGUGUCGGCGGCUCGUUCUUCUUCAUCUUCGGAGGAGGAGGAGAAACCUUCGACAGCCACCGUAUUGGCGGCUCCAGCUCCUCCACCCACGGCGGAUAAGCAACCUCCGGCGGCUGUUCCGAUGGGUCUCCCCAUGGGUCACGGCGUGAUGGGUGAGGCGGUUUUGCGUCGGGCCGAGUGGGAUACGCCCCUCUGCGCUUGUCUUGGGAGAAAUGAUGAAUUCUGCAGCAGCGAUAUUGAAGUUUGUGUAUUGGGAGGUGUGGCUCCUUGUGUGCUCUAUGGAAGCAAUGUCGAGAGGAUUGUACCUGCUCCCGGCACUUUCUCAGCUCACUGCUUGCCUUACACGGCAUUAUACCUGAUUGGGGAUUCAUGUUUUGGUUGGAAUUGCCUGGCUCCCUGGUUCUCGUUUCGUAGCCGUACAGCUAUCCGCCGCAAGUUUAAUUUGGAGGGAGGCUGCGAGACAAUGGCCAGAUCAUUUGGACGCUCCCCUGAGUUUCUUGAGGAUGAGUUGAAACGCGAACAGUACGAAUCUGCUUGCGACCUUGCAACUCAUGUGAUUUGUCACCCUUGUGCCAUCUGCCAGGAAGGUCGCCAAGUUCGUCGCAGAAUUCCUCAUCCUGGAUUUAAUACGCAGCAAAUCCUGGUCAUGCUCCCGCCCAGGGAGCAGACAAUGGGACGUUAAAACGCCCGUCACCAAAUACUGUAUGUGCUGGAGUCCAUUACACUUCUUACUUGCUUCUGUAUUUAUGCUGGAGUCCAUCACACUUCUUGCUUGCUUCUGUAUAUAUCUCCCUGUGGAUCUGUCACUGUAUGCCCUGAACUUUUGAUUAAUGAAUGAUGUAAAGUAUGGUUUUGACCUCUUUCAUGGCCAAUAUACAAUUUUUUUUUAUGACAA